AUGACCAUAAGUUCCAUCAUGAGAGCGAGAAUUGCGUUAACCAACGUUGCUCGUAAUGUGGAAUGCACCAGAAGUAUUUAUUUGCACAAGGGACCAAGAGUAGCAGGAUUGAAGAGAGAUCCUGAACAAGUGUUUGUUACAAACCAAGGCUAUAAAUAUGGGACUGAUUCGGAAAACAUCAAGAAUAUCAAACAGUUUUUAAGUGACAAAUAUGCUGUUAGUGAUGAAUUAACAUUACAAUGUUUGACUCAUAAAUCAUUUGGGAAUGGGAUAAAACCACAUAAUGAAAAAUUAUACGCAUUGGGAUCUAAAUUAGUUCAACUAUACUUUGCCAAAUAUGUAAUUGACACUCCAAAUACCAAUAAUGAAUCAGCUAUUAAUGGCAAGAACUUUGAUGUGAUAGGAACUCCCAUUGCCAAGGAGUUAGGUUCAAGAAUGGCAUUAGGGAUUUUUGCCAAACAGAAUGGAUUAAAUUCGGUAAUGUUUUGGAAAUCAUAUAAUAAUAAAGUUAACUUUGCUUCUAGUGGAGAAAUGAAGGUAAGUGCACAAAUGCUUUUAGCAUUGGUAGGUGCAGUUAAUUUAGUUCAUGGAAAGCAAACAGCAGAAGAGUUUAUUCGGGAAAAACUCUUAUCCACUGGCGAGUUAGAAGAUAUCACUGUUAAGAUCGUGCAAGAAGCACAUUAG